UGUUAAUUGGCGACAAUAUCCAUCGUACUGGUUGUAUAUUUUUUUUUUCUUAGGGUUGUGGCACCAUAGUUCUGAUUUCUAGUCUAGUAAAGGCAGGUCACUAAAAUUUACUGUAGACCAAUCAUUAAAAAAACCAAAAUCAAUGAUUCAGAGAUAAAUAUGUUCAAGGAGCAGACUUGAAAAUAUCUACCGAUAAAAAGUAAAUAUAUAUGAAAACACCUUUGUAUUUUAUACUAAAUCUAGCCUUUAUUUUAUUUUAAAAAUAAUUAUUUCUUUGUUUAAUUUGCUAUAAUUUUUUAAUUUUGAGUGGCAAUGUACUUUUUUUCUAUUUUAUACAACGCAGAAUGAGUCAACGUCAAACGUGACUGAUUUUUUGUAUUUUACAUUUUUGAUAAACCUAUGGGCAUUGCUUUAAAGCAGAUAAAACCCUUUUUUUUUCUAUUAUAUAAAAAAUUAUCUUAUCUAUUUAUUAUUUUAUUUUUUAUAAAUGAGCACAUUUGGCAAGCUUUUCCGUGUUACAACUUAUGGUGAAUCGCAUUGCAAAGGUGUAGGCGCCAUCAUCGAUGGUGUUCCACCUGGAAUGGAAUUAACCGAAGCUGAUAUUCAACCUCAACUAACUCGUAGAAGACCUGGUCAGAAUAAGUUGACAACACCUCGUGAUGAAAAGGAUAAAGUGACUAUUUUAUCUGGUACUGAAUUUGGAAUAACCUUAGGUACACCUAUUGGUAUUCAGGUGCCUAACUUGGAUCAAAGACCUCAUGAUUAUAGCGAAACCGAUGUUUAUCCUCGACCUUCUCAUGCUGAUUAUACUUACCUUCAAAAAUAUGGGCUUAAGGCCUCUAGUGGUGGUGGAAGAGCCUCUGCCCGUGAGACAAUUGGUCGUGUAGCGGCUGGUGCAAUUGCAGAGAAAUAUUUACGUUUAGCUUAUGGUGUUGAAAUUGUUGCUUUUGCAUCUAGUGUUGGUAAGGUAGCAAUGCCUUUUAUUAGUGAACUUGAAAAUGCUGAUACCCCCGAGCCUGAAUUGAUCGAAUUUAUGAAUACAAUCAAACGUACUGAUGUUGAUGCUGAUAUUUCUCGCUGUCCUCAUCCUCCUACGGCCGAAGCUAUGAAGGCAUUAAUUGCUCAAAAAGCUCAUGAAAGAGAUUCUGUGGGCGGUACUGUAACAUGUGUCAUUCGUAAUUGUCCAGUUGGUUUGGGUGAACCAUGUUUUGAUAAACUAGAAGCUAUCUUAGCACAUGCUAUGUUAUCUAUCCCAGCUACAAAAGGAUUUGAAUUUGGUUCUGGUUUUAAUGGCACCAGAAUGUCUGGACAUGAACAUAAUGACCCUUUUGUAUUGAAAGAGAAUGGAAAGAUGGGCACGCUUACUAAUAACUCAGGCGGUAUUCAAGGAGGUAUUAGUAAUGGUGAAAAUAUUUAUUUCCGUGUUGCUUUCAAACCUGCAGCUACUAUCUCUCAAGAUCAAACCACAGCUAGUUAUGAUGGUGUCACUGGUGUCUUAACUGCUAGAGGCCGACAUGAUCCUUGUGUUGUUUCUCGUGCUGUGCCUAUUGUUGAAUCUAUGGCUGCUAUUGUAAUAAUGGAUGCUGUUUUACAACAAGAGUCUCGUCGUGCUGCUUUAUCGCGAUUACCUAAAGUUGAUAUUAAUCCUGCUUUAUUAGGCCAGCCUCCUAAGAAGGAAUAAAGCCGAGAAAAAAGAAAUAGAAACGAAGAGGUCAUUUAAAAUCAACUAAAUAUAUAGAUUUCCUUUUUACUUUGUAGAAUAGUCAUAAUAGUACAUAUUUCAUUAUAUUAAACAUUGUGUUUGCAUAAUACAGGAAUAUUUUUUCUUCACUUUUAAGCUGUCCAGAUUAAUUUAACAAUGCAC